UAAUAGUUUUCUUCAUCUUGACUCAGUGCAUUUUAAGCAAAAUAGUGGCACUUGUAGGUGCAUUUUUUUCAUCAAAGUGUGCAACUUCUGCUUAACUUGUAAGUAAAGAUGUAUGAUCCCAUAUUUUCAAAAAGCUUUAGCAAAUAUGAGCGCAAACGAUUUGGGUUUUGUGCAUUCUUCAUAAGCUUGAUUGUUGCAUUGAGCAUUUGCUCAACUUUCAAGCCUCAUUUACAUCCCUUAUCAAUCAUUGGUGAUGCUGUGAAUUUGCAGUUGUCAAUUGAUGACAUUCAGGACAUGCUUGAAUUUAAUAAUACAAGUGAGAUUUUGCUGCCAACAGAUGACAAUGCUGCAUUAGGGAUUACAAGAAAUGCUGCUCGAGAUAUUGUUAUAGUUAACAACACGAGCGAAAGCUCUCGACCAACAAUUGAAAAUGCUGCGAAUUUGUCUAUCAUCAAGACCGUUCCGGAUAAGCUUAUAGUUAACGACACGAUUGAAAGCUUCCACCCAACAGCAAUUGAAAAGACGAAAAUUGAGCCAAUAUGCAGCAUUUUAGAACCAAUGGCCGACUAUUGUGAUAUCGAAGGGGACGUAAGGAUUCAAGCGAAUUCUUCCACCGUGUUUUUUGUCACGUCUGGUAUAAACGUCUCAGCUGGAAACAAUUCUUGGCGUGUUCAACCUUACGCGAGAAAGGCGAAUUUAGGGGCAAUGAAGUUUGUUAAGAACUGGACAGUAACAUUAGCAAAUAAUAAGGAUGACAUUCCGAUGUGUACUAAAAAUCAUAGUUUUCCAGCCAUCCUUUUCUCAGUUGGAGGAUAUACAGGUAACCAUUUCCAUGAUUUCUCAGAUUUGGUUAUUCCAAUAUAUUCGACAUCGUUGAGGUUCAAAAGGGACGUACAAUUUCUUACGACUGAUACAAAACCGUGGUGGGUAUCAAAAUUCCGAGGAUUUCUUAACAAACUAUCCCGACAUGAGAUCAUCGACAUAGACAAAGAAAAAGAAGUCCAUUGCUAUACAAAAGUCAUCGUUGGCCUUAAAUCUCACAAAGAGCUUAUAAUCAAUCCAUCAAAAUCUCAAAACAAUGAAUUGUCGAUGCACAACUUCAGACAGUUCCUUCGACAAAUUUAUUCACUUGAGAGAGCAAAGGCAAUCGAGUUGAAGAAGGGGGAGGAAAAAAGGCCUCGUUUGAUGAUUGUAUCAAGGAAAAGGACUCGUUUUGUAACUAAUGAGGCUGAAAUAACUGGACUGGCUCGCAAAAUGGGAUUCGAAGUUAUUGUAGAUGAGGCUAAUCAUUCGACAAACCUUUCAAGAUUUGCACAAAUUGUGAAUUCUUGUGAUGUACUAGUGGGAAUUCAUGGAGCUGGAUUAACAAACAUGGUUUUUCUCCCGGAUAACGCUGUUUUAAUCCAAAUAAUUCCAUUAGGGGGCAUUGAUGGAUUUGCUAGAACAGAUUUUGGAGAACCAUCUGAUGGUAUGAACUUAAAGUACUUGGAAUACAAGAUUAAGGUCAAAGAGAGUUCUUUGAGU